UGUCAGGCCGGGAUCUUACAGUGGUGACUCGUAAAUUUCGACUCACACAUCUCAAAGCGCAAGGAAUAUAUCACCAUCCUUUCCAGCCCAGUUACACCAAUUCCGCACCCCAGAAACGAAAAUUAUCUCUAACCUACAAUAACCCCGAAAAUGCCUGAACCCUCGGAGAACCCAGCUCCUCCUCCGGCCGAGACUCCUGCUGCCGCUCCCGCCGCCGAGGGUGGUGAGGGUGGUGAGGCCGGCGGAAUUUCGAAAAAGGCUGCAAAGAAGGCGGAGGCUAAGGCCAAGAAGGAGGCCGAUAAGAUCCGUCGCGCCAACGAGCAAGCUGCCGCCGCCGCCGCGUCCCGUGCCGCUGUCCAGGCCGAGGACCUCGCCAAAGACAACUACGGCCAGGAGACACACGACACGAAGCUCUCCGCUGAUCUGGUCGACGUCAACGUGAAGAAUCUCGGUGAUGAGCACGUGGGCAAGACGAUCGUGCUGCGCGCCUGGAUGCAGAAUGCCCGCAUGCAGGGUGCCAAGAUGGCCUUCCUUGAGCUGCGCGAGGAGGGCAACUGGUCGAUCCAGGCCAUUGUGGCUGCCAACCCGGAGGGCACCCCCGUCAGCCGGCAAAUGGUCAAGUGGGUUGGGGCGAUCAACCCGGAAAGCUUCGUCAUUGUCGAGGCCACGGUCAAGAAGCCCCUCGCGCCCGUCACAUCCUGCACUGUCCAAAACUACGAACUACACAUCACCAAGUGCUUUGUUCACGCCGCUGCCCCCACUGUUCUUGGAAUGACCCUCGCCGCGGCGAACCGCCCGGUCGCCAACUUCAGCGACGAGGCGCCUGUCGAGCAGGAGGUCGAGAAGCUUACUAUUGCCUCUGCUGGCGAGACCACCGGAACACCUGCCGCCAGCAUGCUUACCCAUCUUGACAACAUCGUGAUGCACAAGCGAUCCGCCGUACAGCAGGCAAUCGCCGACAUCCGUGGCGAGAUGAAGGAGUUGUACCGCUCAUAUCUGAGGUCCCACGGUUUCAAGGAGUUUGAGCCCCCAUGCCUCAUCGCCGCGGCGUCCGAGGGCGGCGCCAACGUGUUCCGCAUGCCCUAUUUUGAGAAGGAGGCAUUCCUUGCACAAUCGCCGCAGUUCUAUAAGCAAAUCGAGAUCGCGGGCGGCCGGAAGCGCGUGUUCAGUGUCGGGCCCGUGUUCAGAGCCGAGAACUCCAACACACCGAGACACAUGACCGAGUUCACCGGCCUCGAUAUGGAGAUGGAGAUCAAGAAGGACUAUCGCGAGGUUGUGGAAGUACUUGAAGGUGUCCUCUUCCACAUUUUCCGCAACAUCGAGGAGCGCUGCGCCGAAGAAAUCGCCCUCGUCCGCUCCGUCUACCCCUCGGAGGAGUUCCUCCUCCCCGAACCCGGCAAAGAGGUCCGCCUGACGUUCGCCGAAGGCCAGAAGCUCCUCCGCGAAGAGGGCCCCGAGGAGUUCCGCAACGUCACCGACGACGAGGACAUGAGCACGCCGCAGGAGAAGGCGCUGGGCGCCAUCAUCCGCAAGAAGUACAACACCGACUUCUACGUCCUCGACAAGUUCCCCGAGGCGGCCCGGCCCUUCUACGCCAAGGAGGACCCCGCCAACCGCAAGGUCACCAACGCGUACGAUCUGUUCAUGCGCGGGCAGGAGAUCUGCUCUGGCGGGCAGCGUAUCCACGACCCCGUCGAGCUGGAGGCGCGCAUCCGCACCAAGGGGAUCGACCCCGCCAGCCCGGGGAUCAAGGAGUACGUGGACAUCUUCAGGCAGGCUGGUGUGCCGGCCCACGGCGGUGGUGGUAUCGGUCUGGACCGUGUCGUGGCGUGGUAUCUGAACCUACCCAGCGUCCAUCUGGCGGCGUUCUAUCCCCGCACGCCGAAGAGGUUGCUGCCGUAAGGGAGGUGUAAGUGUACUCUCGUCAGGUACUGGUACUGGGUACUGUAUGGCCACGGUCCUGGACUAUGAUCUUGAUGAGGUGUGGGAUUUUUGAUG